CUUUGUUUACAAACACAGAAAACUGCGAUGGUUUUUUAUAAAAAAUGGCAAGUUCUCCCGACAUAAUUGAGUUUGUAAGACCGGAUACAAAUGACAAGAAUUUGUAUGUCACAAGUAUCUCUAACAAGUUAACAGAACCGGCAGCAUUUGAGAAGCUUCAUCGUAUCUUUUCUCAGUUCGGCCUGCUGUACGAAGUCCAAGUUCUUGAAGGUAGAAGCCAACCUGUCACUUCAGAAGGCCCAACCCUCAGCGAGCAAAAUUGUACUACCAUGUCAGCAUUAUGUGGUGGCAGCACGGGGUCAAAUCUCUAUGCAUUCAUUAAGUACUACUCAACCAGAGAGGCGCAGAAGGCACAGCAAGCAGUGAAUGGAAAAUAUAUGCUGGAUGGGAGGCUAUUAAGGGUGAGAUUUGCAAACAGACAGCACACGCCUGAAGCCAGUCAGACACUACAUCACCAACAGUGCUAUGAGCUUGCCAGUCACUACCUUGGGUUUAAUGGAUGGUCCAGCAAAAUUGAAUCAUUGAAGGAGGAUAAAGCGUCUUGUGAGCCUAACACAGCUCGCUUCAUUGGUAUAGUGAGGAUCAACGUAACGAAUCAUGAAGUACACAGUGAUGGGAUAGGAGUUGGUGAGGUGGCAUAUAGUCCUGAAGACCCCAUGAGUAAAAUCACAGCGUUCCAUCGAGCCAAAAAGCUUGCCAUUCAGAGGGCAAGCGAGGGCGCUUUCAGCAAGGUACUAAUCGUGGUAUUGGCCAACGGCAAAGUGGCAGUUGAAAUAAACAGCACAUCGGUAGAUGCACUGCAUUUCGUCACGCAGGAAGAACUCAAAGGAGUUGUUACAGUGACACAGAUAAACUCCACUGAAGAGACUGACUGUCCAGGACCUGACAAUGAGGGCGCUCUUGAUGCCGAUGACACCUCCGAUCUGGACAACAUCAACGUCCAACUGCUUCUAGAUCUACAGGAGCAAGAUAUGUAAACAUUUUGGGCUAUUGGUGAAAAUCUAGCGUCAAAAGCUUCGGAAAAAUUCUACUCCAAAUUAUCAAUUAGUCUUUAAAAAAUUUCCAGUAAAUGGUAGCACACCAAACUCAAGCUCUGGGCCCAACUUCAUGACUCUGCUUAAAGCCAAAUUCUGUGCUUACGAUCACCGUUAUCCAUGAACAAAUUUUUUGCAAAUGUGUAAUAAGUAUUUUUCACGUAAUGAAAGAUUUGUACAUAUAUAUAUUUAAAAUAAAUGCCUUUGUAAAAAAAGAGUUGUAAAUAUCUAAAGAAUAAAGCUUCUUUGCAGCCACAAAAUGAUUGUGAAUUUGAUGCCAGUGG